AUGAACCGAAUGCCUUCGGCGAUCGGGGGUGGUGGGCCUCAGCCCCCACUCCAUAUGCAACCAGUCCACUCAGGUCCGGUGAUAUCUAGUUCCUUAAAUAUACCGAAUGCCCUUCCACCUGGAUUGUCUCACUCGGGUCACUCUAUGCCAAUGUCUGGCCCACAUGACCGUGAACCUCCUACUCCUGUCUCUGGCUCCGGUCAAAUCCCAGGUCACUACUUUUCUGCCCUUGGUAUGAAUCCCGGUUCCCCACAUCCCAUCCCAAACAUGAUUUCCCACGGCCAUCCCAGUCAAUUCCAUCACCAUCCACUAUUCUCGCUAAACCGGCUACCACAUCUCAUAGGUCAACCAGAAUUACGAAUAUUUGAAAUGAACAAGCGUUUACAACAACGGAGCGACGACUGUGAUAGCUUGUGGUGGGAGUCGUUUGCUACAGAUUUCUUCGAAGACGAUGCAACUCUUACCCUAGCUUUCCUCACAGAAGAAGGUCCAAAGAGCUAUACCAUCGGAAGAACACUCAUCCCUCGUUAUUUCCGCAGUAUCUUUGAAAGUGGAUGCGGUGAACUAUACUAUAACCUUAGACUGAACCAUGAAUAUUUUCACCAUCCAAUUUUAACACUGGAUUCAGAAUCUGCUACAAUGACUAUGACUAUGGUCAGAUCUAUUCCCGUUACAGUUGUUGUGGAAGGUCGAUUAACACUGGAUUUCGCCUUUGAUGACUUAAUGAGAAUUCGGUCUUGGAUUUUCCUCAUUCGAACGCAUCGUGAAAUGAUAAUGAGGUCUAUGCUGGGGAUUCAAGAUCCAGCCUUUUUAGAUCAGUUGUCUAAAAAUAUUACACGCUAUGGUAUGACAAAUGCUACCUUGAAUUUCUUCCGUUUAUGUGUCAUCUUGGAACCAAUGCAAGAAUUAAUGUCUCGUCAGAAAGCCUAUAGUCUUACUCCAAGAGAUUGUCUUAAGACCACUCUGUUUCAGAAAUGGCAACGAAUGAUGCCUCAAGAAGCUACACGGCAGCCUAGUAAAAGACGUAAGCGUAAAGGCAGUUCAGCCACUGCAGAUGGCUCAAAUAGUACGGGUCGAGCUUCAAAACGCAAACAAUCACCCAUUCCAUUACCGUCUCAUCAUAUCGCUCAGCCUGGGGAUGUUAUGAUCGUUGGUGAACCAACUCUAAUGGGUGGAGAUUUCGGUGAUGAAGAUGAACGCUUGAUAACUCGUUUAGAGAAUACCCAAUAUGAUGCUGUAGCAGCAGCGGCGGCCGCAGCUGCAGCCAAUUCCGGUGUUAUGGCUUCUUCCCAUAUGAUGAAUUCAGGUCCUUUCCCCGGAUCGAAUGAUUCACCUGCUGGUGCCGGUAUCAUGUCAUCACCCCUUGGUGGUGGCGGCGGCGGUGGCGGUGGAAUGAAUUCAGGAGGCGGUAAUUUGUCAUUAAAUAAUGCCAACCAGCAGCAGCAACAACAACAACAGCAGCAAAUGAAUUCUCUUCAAUUCCGUCCAGGCCCAAUGUCAUCGUCAGCUGGUGGUGGUGGUGGUGGCGGUGGCGGUAUUAAUAAUAAUUCCAAUCAAAAUAUGCCAUUGCAUGAAGGUGUUUUCCCCGGUAGUAAUAUGAAUAAUAAUAAUAAUAUUACAUCUAUGCAACAACAAAAUCAAACAUUAGUUUCUAUGCCUCCUAGUCAAUCGCUUUAUACAAGUUCAGCGCCGAACAGAAGUCUACAACACCAUCAUCCUCAUCCACAAAUGAUGGGACAACAAUUUAUGCCAGUAUUUACAAAAGGUCAAAUGUCUACGCCUAAUUUACCUAACAGAAAUGAGCACUAUAUGUCUUCAACAGCCAAUGCAGAUGUUAUCAUGCAUCAACCAACACGAUCAAGUAGUGCUUCAUCUAUAGUUGAUGGUACAAAUGGUCUAAGUGGAUUCCCGCACUGUGCCUCUCCUAAUCUACUUCCUUCAAGACCACCAGCUCGUUUCACUCCACCAUCUCUUCCAAAUGGUGUUGGUUCUACAGUUGUCUCAUCCUCAUCCUCCUCCUCCUCCUCACAACAACAACAACAACAACAAUCCAAUUUUAUGAUGCCAAAUGAAAUGAUGGGUGGUGGUGGUGGUAGUGGUAGUGGUAAUCCUUCUUCAAUGGGGCAUGUAUCUGUUCCUGGGACACCUUUAACUUCCCCGUUAACUUCAUCCUCUUUUACAAUGGAUAUGAUAGAUAAUCAAAAUGUCUUACAGCACUCUGCACCGUCUACUUUAAUGUCCACAACGAUUAAAUCGAAUAACUCCCCUAUGCUGUAUAAUUCAAUUGGGACAAGUUGUAGUGGGAAUCAGCUGACUCCGGAGCUUUGAAUUCAUAACAAUGUCUCUGGGAAAUUUGUUUCUAUACUCUUAUUAUCAUUAUUGUGGAUGUGUAUACAAUGGGAAGAUUACGAGUACUGCUACUACUACUACUACUACGACCAUUCACUGGACAGUGUUAUUGAUUUUCGACAACUAUGGACAAAAUUAUGCACAAAUAAAAUAAAACAAAACAGUGAGUAUAUAUUUAUAUAUACAUGUAGAGAAUGAGAGAGAGAAGAAGACGUCCUCUGAAAUCUCCACUUCCA